GUUUUGAAAUUUUUCAGUCUUGCGCGAGCUUUCGUGGGGGGAAUACAUUCAGUCUCAGUUCGUAAAAAGUGUAAAAAUCAGGGGGUGGUCAUAGUGUCUGUGUUAUUAUCACUAGUUGGUGUUUAAAUGGGUUUGAAGUCGGAGUGAUUGUACCAUGAGUUGGCCCCUUUUGUACCAUCCCAUGACCAUGCUGGGCGUCCUGGAAGUAUAGCGAUGCUACUUCAGACGAUUCCGGGCGAUCCCGGAGCCAAAUCAGAUGAAACGUCGAAACAACCGGACUUGGAUACGACCGGAGCACACGUUUUGGAUUAUGCUCCGGCCCCCGGAUGGACUGUUCAUGCAAACAACGAGGGACGGCUCUACUAUUGCAAUCACGUGACACGCACCGCCGGCUGGUUACCGCCCGCCGAAGCAUGGAAAUGUGGUGGCGGCGAGGAAAUUUUGCCCUACGGUUGGGAACGAGCUGUCGAUAAUUCAGGACGUCCUUAUUACAUCAAUCAUGUGAACAAAACUACAACUUAUGAAACCCCCAUUAUCAGAAAUCUGGACCCAGCCCCCAUUCCAGAGCCCCGUUCUGUGGUUUUGGAACGUUCGGCAGCACUCGGUUUUGGUUUCGUUGCCGGUUCGGAAAAACCCGUUAUUGUUCGUUUUGUUACGGAGGGAGGUCCCAGUGUUGAUAAACUUCUACCAGGUGAUCAAAUUCUUACAGUUAAUGGUGAAGAUGUAAAAAUGGCACCACGUGAACAUGUCAUUUCUUUGGUAAGAGCUUGUACAAAAACUGUCAACUUGGUGGUAUGUCAACCACCCGAACAACAAGGUAUACGUAAAUCAACACUUCUAUCAGCAAGUAAAAAAGCACGUUUGAAAACGAAACCAUCAAGAGUGCGUUUUGCCGAGAGUGUUUGCGUUAAUGGCGCUCCUUUAUUUCCGCCUUCUGCGUUUUCAUUGGGUGAUUUAUGUGUGGCUCCCAUGGCCAACGUUCUUAAAGUAUUUCUCGAAAAUGGACAAACAAAAUCAUUUAAAUAUGACGCUUGGACAAGUGUACAAGAUGUUGUGACGUCACUUGAAACUAAACUAUGUCUUCAAGCAACUGAACAUUUUAGUCUUGUUGUUGAACAUAUUAAAUCACUCAAACGUAAUAAACUCACACUAUUGGAUCCUUCGGAUACACUAGCUCGGAUUGCGUCACGUCCAGGGGCACACAAAUUACGUUGUUUGUUUCGUGUGGCAUUUGUUCCGCCCUCGGCAGCCGCCUUGGCGCAACGUGAUCUUAACGCCUUGGAUUAUCUCUAUACACAAUGUUGUAACGAUGUGAUACAGGAACGGUUUGCGCCUGAACUACAAUACGAUACUGCACUGCGAUUGGCUGCACUGCAUAUUUAUCAACACGCUCUGGCCAAUAAUAUUGCAGCAAGCAAAUUGACGGUUAAGACAAUUGAACGCGAAUUCGGUCUCGAUCGUUUCGUCCCGGCGUCACUUCUCGACACAAUGAAGCGUAAAGAAGUCCGAAAACUGAUAUCACAUUUUCUUAAACUUCAUUCCAAUAUGGCCGGUUCCGGUAAACAAUUGACACCACUUCAAGCAAAACUUCAUUAUUUGGAUAUUGUUGCACAGUUGCCUAGUUACGGUGCAAAAUGUUUUUCGGCUGGUCCGAAAGCCGACGCACUCGAACGUGUAAUACUUGUAAGUCCGAAAUUUGGACUUAGUCAAAUAACGGGAACUAGAAAUUCGAUGGUAAGUGGAAGUGGAAGCAUGGAUGAAUGGUCGAUAAAAAAUCUAAUAAUUCCUCAGCCGGUACCGAUUGCUAAUAUUGAAGAUAUGAGACGAAUUGAGGUUAGAUGUGAUGAUGAAGUGACGAAAAAUGUUUUAGUUCGUUUAGCCAAUGAGAAAACUGUUUCAAUCUCAUUGGAAGAGAGAGAUGCAAGCGAGUUAGUGCUUGUAUUGAGAGGUUAUUUCCGAUUGGUUACUGGACAAGUGUUGCCAGUCGAUCAGGACGAAGCUCCGCCCAUGGAAGAUCUAGCACCGCCUUAUCUAUCACAACAUAAAGUUGUGCCGGAAAAAUGGAGUUACAUCAACCAAUCAGCUUUAAAAACCGCUUGUUUUGCAAUACCACCAACUUAUCAAACACUAAACAAAAAAACCAACGGUUUAUACAACACAAUGGGACGUCAGAGCAAAUCACUUGGUUACAGUAACCUUGACAACAACAUGAAUAAUUCACUCUCGAAUCGCAACCAUUUCGAUAGUUACGACCUUGAAACGGUAGUUUCCAUGGAACUGCUCGAAAAUGGGCGUGGCGAUGACGUACUUAAACGCGUGGCAGAAAUGCACCAAUUGGUCGAAAACUCCGAGAAAUAUCUCCGCCUCAAUUCGCUUGAAUGGCAAGAGACGAGUGUCGAUAUCGAAUCGGAAAACGAAGAUUCACUUCCCGGCCAAUUAAAACACAGCGAUUCGCUUCUCCUACUUAAUAAAAGUCAUGCCCCGCCCCCGAUUGAACGUCGAUUCGCUAACGCCGCCAUUGAAUUGUUACGUAGCGAAUCGAACCAAUCCGAAAGCGAUAAUGAUUCGUUGUAUACACCGCAUGAUUCGCCAAAACGUCGUAUUGAUGUGAAAGCGAAUCGUGUUAGUUUUGGUUUACGAAGUCCUGAUGAGAAAAACGAAGAGGCUAAAGGCGAGGAAAGUGUGUAUGUUUUUGAUCCGGAUAUUAUUGAUUUGACGUUGUUACCGCCACCUGCAACGCCCGAUGAACUCGAUUGUGCCUUACCGACACCGAUUAACGUGCCGCCGAGCUCGUUCGCCGAUUCCGUCGAGAAGCUCAAUCGUUUAGACAAUUUAAACGAAGACCAAGACCUCGAGGAGUUCCUAGCGAGCGUAACGGUCCCACCUCCAACUCAAAAAGUUACCCCCGCGAUUGAACUCACCCCUGAAGAGAUAAUGUCAUACAUAAUCCCCCCACCACCUGUUGAAAUAAAUACUGAAAUGACUCCACCCCCACUACCACCCAUCGAACCGAAACGUCGCAAUAGCAACGUUAGCAUCAAAUCUAACAUAAUCGAAUAUGCAACUAUUGAUCGUAAAGGUGCAUUUUCAUCAUGUUGUGGUAAAACGAAAAAAGACGAACAAGUCCGACCACUUCCAAGACGAAGUUCCGAUGAAAAACCACCAGAACGUCCGCCUAAAAACCUACCACAAGAACGUCAACGCAGCCAAUCACUAACCACCAAACCACCGAAACUCCCACCACGUGGUGAAGCCCCGCCCCAUUUAUUCCUCCCACCGAAAAAACCUCCUUUACCACCAGUUCCACCUCUAGAAGUACUAAGACAAAAGAAAAAUCCACAAAUUGAUGGUAGAACUGCAGGAAUUGGAUCGCCACAUUUGCAAAGAAGUAGGCUGGGGAGUGACCUUGAUAUGGGUUUAAAGGUGGCUCAGACGGCUGUGAGUACACCGACUUCGCCGCAUUUGGCUCGAGGGGCACAAUUGACAGCUGUACCAAUCAUGUCACCUGAUAGUCCAACGCAAAAAAAUGGUUGUACGUCAACAAGGGAACUCCUAUUGGCUAAAACUGACGUUGCAAUGGCUAGUCUUUUAGUUCGGUUGGAUCAAGUAGCCGCACAAUGUAGUGCUGCACAGGUGCAUGGUGGGGGGAGAUUGAUCAGCGAGGAGAAGUUUCAGAUCGCCAAAGAAGAGCUCACUUCACAAUCACUUCAACUUGUCACCUCGUCAAAAAUGCUCGUGAUCGCAAUGUCCGAUCCGAGUUUACCCGAUCUACCUGAAAAUCUAGCCAUUUGUUUGACGAUUUUACGUCGUCUAACUGAACUGUGUCAAGAUCUGACCAAUCAUACAACAGCUCCACUUCAAACACGUAAUCUCAUCCUCAAAGUACACGAUGUGACAGCUGCUUUCCGCCAUCUUAUUACGUCACACAUUGACCGAACAUCACCGAAAACAAUCGAAGAACAUCUAGCGGCACAAGCCGAAAGUUUGGCAAAUGUGUUGGCAACACUGUUGAGGAGUUUGCGAGUGUUUUCACCGUAGAGAAAAAAAUCUAGUCAGAAUAAUUUGACACUUGAUGACCAAAUAAAUGAACAAUCGCGCAAUAAUUACGUGACUGAAUUUGUGAUAAUUAUCAAAAAGUUAAAACAAGUAUGAUCUGUCCGAUGCGAUUUGCUUUAUAAUUUUUUUUUAUUAUUAUUAUUUAAGUUUGCUAGUCACGAGCAGUACAAUCGAUGGUUUUUUGUUACCCUGUGAAUGUUGAAAGAAAAUGUAUAUUUGAUUGUUAAUUUAGUUGAGAAAAACAAGUAUUUAAGUUUGUUGUAAAUUUUAUAAAUGUAAAACUGUUUAAUUAUUUAUUACUAAGGUGUAUGUAACGUCUCUAACAUAUCCUGUAUGUUGAAAUAAUAAAAACAUGCGAUAAAAAAUUACAUGAAAGUGUAAAAAAACAAAAAAUCAGUCCCAAAUAAAGAACUAUUAAAUUACA